AUGGGCAGUGAUAGAGCUCUGGGCACCCCUCUGUAUCCGGAACCUCUCCUCCCUCCCUUGGGGGCAGUAGUGGCGGGUUUGCUUCACCUCGCUGUCUUUGUCAUAGCUGUGCUAUAUAGCUGUGUCCAGAAGUUGUUCCUAGACAAGUAGGGUUCUGCCAAAAGGCCAAGUAUCUCACAGAAAGAAAAAGGUCAGCCUCCCAAAAAUGGCCCAGCUCCAUGUGAACAAAACGGGCCACCCAUCCAUCCUGAGAGGCUGAAGGACUUUGUGGAAGAAGAAUUCCUCAAUGGAAACCUGAUCACAUGGGAGAAAAAAGUAACUGGAGUCGCGCAGGAACCGCUACAAGGAGAUGCAGAACCUGUUCUUCCGAAAGUAAGGAAGUCCAGUGUGCGACCAAAGAAUGAAUUCCUGAGAUUUGAGGACAUCAGUGCGGCGGCCUUCAAAAUCCAAAGUGGCGUUCUGAAAACCCCUUGUAUGUAUUCAAGGAUUUCAAAGCAGUAUGGAGUAGAUAUUUAUCUGAAAAAGGAAUACUUGCAGUACACGGGCUCAGUCAAGGAGAGGGGAGUGUUGUACCUGCUCACAUCCCUUCAGGAGGAUCAGCAAAGGAAAGGCGUCAUUGUAGCUGCAGACAGUAAUUUUGCCAUGGCCGUGGCUUUCCAUGCAGCACAGCUACAAAUCCCAGUGUUUAUUAUUAUGGCAGCUGGAACAUCUCCAAACCGGGUCAGGAUAUGCCGAGAUUACGGAGCUAUGGUUAUCCUUUUUGGACCCACAGCAAGAGAUGCUCAGAGCCAUGCCAGGAGACUAGCACAAGAGAAUGGCUACCUGUAUAUAGAAGAAGAAGACAGUGCUGGAUAUCUUGCUGGCCUGGGAACGGUUGGGCUGGAGAUAUAUGAACAAGUGCCCAGUUUGGAUGCAGUCAUAUUUCCAGCAGGUGGACAUUGUGGGUUACUGGCCGGAUCAGCAGCUGCCCUAAAACAUCUAAAUCCAAAAAUCACAGUUAUUGGUGUGGAAAGUGAGAAGUUCCCUAUAGUACAACAGGCAUUAAAAGCUGGACGCUGCUUGACUGAGCAUGACUAUCUUACUCAUCCUUUGUAUGGAGAACUGGGUGGGCCUUCUUUUGGUGUCAAUACAAUAAAAUUAACCAAGAAGCUUAUAGACCACAUUAUCUCAGUGAGUGAGGAAGAUGUACUGCUGUCAAUGCUGAGGUUACUAGAAUGUGAGAGGGCUACAGUGGACGCAGAAGGUGCCAUGGGACUUGCUGCUCUAAUAUCUGGAGCAUUACCAGACCUGAAAGGGAAAAGAGUGGCGGUGGUUGUGUGCAGCGGGAACCUGCCAUUGUCUUUGCUACGUCACUGUCUGGACAGAGCUCUUGUUCUAGAUAAUAGAGUCUGCAAAUUCUCAGUCGUGCUGCCAGAUUUUCCAGGGGAGAUAACCAAGCUCUUGGAAGCAAUUGGUCGAGAAGAAGUCAGGGUGCUGGAUAUGCAGAAGGAAAAUAUUUUCCUGAACAAUGACCUGUUCACCCUAGAGGUAACCUGUCUGGUGGAGACCAGGGAUAAGAGCCACUCUUCACAGUUGAGGACUGCGCUAGCAGACAGAUACUCCACCUUGAAAUGGAUAGACCAAUAGGAUGAGGGGCUUGGUCGUCACAGAUGGGAUGUGUGUUUGUUCUCACAACCUGCAAGUAUAGACUUUUUAUUAGAACAUGCCAACUUUGC